UUUCUCUUUGGUGGACAGUUGGUCAUAUACAAGAUCAAACGAAAUAAAUAAUGUUUUAUUUAAUUUGUUGAAUUGAAAUGUGUUAAUAAGUAAGAUUAUACAAUGUAUUCGUAAAUUUUAUAAAUAACUAUAAUAAUUGUAUACUGUUCAGUCAAUAAUUACCGAAAUGGCUGUUUGUGGACUAAGGACGUUAUUGUUGAUCGUCUGUAUUUUGGAAUUGAUCAUCACAGUGCAGCGGCAAGUUUUUGAUUUCCUGGGUUAUAUGUGGCUGCCUAUUAUAGCAAACUUUACAAAUAUCCUGUUGAUUAUAUUUGGAUCAUUUGGGGCGGUUCAGUACAUAACGAAAUAUCUUUUAGCAUAUGCCAUCUGGAGUUUUAUGUGGCUGGUGUGGAACAUAUUCUUAAUUUGUUAUUACCUGAAUCUGGGCACUUUGAACAGGGACAGUGGUUUAUUAUCACUGGGUACAGGCAGUGUUAGUUGGUGGGAAAGCAAUGGUUGGGGCUGUCAACCAGUCUGGGACGAAGUGGAUGGUCCGGGCACAUGGAGGCCCACACGAGUAGAGGGCUGCUUUAUGCAGUGGGAUCAUGUAGAACUGGGACAGUCAGCUGUUGCUGCUACCCUGGCGGCCACUGCAUUACCCUUAGCUGUAGUACUGUCGUUCAGAUCUUUUAAGAAACAAAAACCAGCAGCAGAUAAAGGGACCAUAUCACGUCGUCCAGUGUACACAAUAGAACUGAGCCCAACUGAAACAAACAUCAGUGAAACUUCAAUGAAACCAAUGACUCCGCGACGAGUCAAGCGUCGAUCAGGUUCUCGUGGAAACAACUCGUCAGUCCGUAGAUCACGUCGUUCAUAUAGAAACGCUGGGUAUUUAUCAUCAAAUGCUUCAUUACCUCGUGAAUCGAGAGCGUCGCGUCCCACAUCAGCACACUCCUCAUAUUCCAAUUUCCACGCGGCUCGCCCUGUUUCAUAUCAUGCUCCAGAAAGGGAAAACUUUCCUUGUGUGGACGAUGCUUACAAUGAUCCACCGCCUCCAGUCGAAUCUGUUCCUAUAGUUACUAAUAAUAGAUAUAAUACCAUUGGACGUAGCAGUAUGAAGUCAGGUUACGAUGUCGUUGGCCCAUACAACGAGCCAAAUCCACAGAGGAAAUAUGAAUCAAACAUUCCGUCUUACGAUAAUAUUGAACGAAGUUACGAAGCCGCUCCGACCUACGACAAUAGAGCAGACAAUAUAACGCCUUGCGAGUCUCCGUCAUAUGUGUAUGGUGGAGCAUACGGCGAUGGUGCGUGGCAGACGCCGCCACCUCCAGCGCCGCCCUACAGUGCCCGAGCCACGCCACAGGCGCCCGGUCCGCCCGCGUACCAGGCGGCUAAUGAUCAUUAUAAUAUGAAUGUAGGACCAUAAUAUAGUAAAAACUUGCAAAGUACUUAAGUGCCUUAUUGCAGUGAUGUUAUUUACUAGUUGAAAUUAAAACAUGUGUGGCCUAUUUGCACCAUUUCUGGAUAUAACACAUUUCAAAUUUUAAUUUACUUAUGUGAUGUUUUUCCAGUAGUGAAGUGGAGGCGGAGCCUUAAAUAUUAUUUUUAAGAUCUGAUUUAUUUUUAAGAAUCGAAAAUAAUUGCCAUCAAGUGGUGUUUAUGAAUGUAUGAAAUGGAUGUUACGAAACGUGAAUGUGAUUUUAUACGAAUUACUCUAGUUUUGAAGUCGUUUCGAAAUGAUUUACUUUGGGUUUAGGCGAGUAUAUUUUAAGUCAUUGUUAUUAUUUUAUCAAGAUGUUAGCUUUAAUGGAACUCUUAGUGUUAAGUUUCUGCCAGAAAUAGGUUAUAGUUACAUUAAUACCAUAAGAAUAUUGUCAUUAGAGAUCUGAGUACAGGUUUUUCACUAGCUCAAUGAUAUUAUGAUGCCUAUGAAUGUUUAAAGUUUUUGCUCAGUGACGUACUUAUUUAUAUAUAAUAAUAAUGUGCACAACGAAUAUUUGUGAAGCCUGUAGAUAAAGGUUGUCUCUCUAACAUUCCAGUGGCAAACAUUCCUUACGAAAGUUUUAUAGUGUAGCUCUCAACAUUAUAUAGAAUAGUGAUAAAAAUCUCAUUCAUUAAAUUCCUAAUAAGGAACUACCUUAUUCAUUGUAAUUGGAAUUUACGUAUUACACAUCCGUCCAGUUUAGUGUAAACAAGAAUCUCGUGAUUACUUUUGUAACAUCUGAAGAUCGAAUUUGUGUAGCUAACUCCCGAAUACUGAAAGGCUACUCAAUUUUAAUUGUACGUACUUAAAUAUCGUGUCAUCUCUGUCAUUUUACAAAGAAUUGUAGUGACAGAACUAUACUUAAGCGCGACUUGAAGUUGAGUAGCGUUUGAGUAUUUCGACAUAAGAUUUAAAUCAUAUUUGAUGUAACUAUGGACCAAUCUUGUACCUAGCAAAUAAUUAGAUUACAACGAGCUUUAUUAGGUUAAGCUAAGAAGUUAUAGGGUUAUAUUUGAACCAGAUGGUCUGGUAACUUUUAUACCAAAUAUACACCUACGAAGGAAGUAUUGUAUUUUAUUAUUACAUUAGUAUACCUCUAUUUGGACUAUUGGUGAAAAUAUUAAAAGAUAUUUUAUAUCGAG